AGAUUAUUAUGAAAUUAUUAAAAAGCCGUUAACUAUCAAUAAAUUGCUUCAAAAUAUCGAAAAUGGGAAGGUAAUUAUUCUUUAAAAUAACUAAAAAAUCAUUCUUUAAAUUACUCUUUAUUCUGUAAUUAUAGUGAUUAUUUAUUUUUUUAAUUAACAAAGUUUAUUCUGUAUUUAUUGUCAUAGUAUGCCGAUUUUGACGAGCUCGAGAAAGACUUCAUGCAACUCUGCAAAAAUGCACAAAUUUAUAAUGAAGAAGUUUCUCUUAUAUAUGAAGACUCCAUUGCUCUGCAAUCUGUUUUUGUGAAUGCACGUCAACAUAUCGAAAAUGAAGAUAAUAAUUCUGACAUAGAUGAUAAAGGGAAGAACGAAGCUAAAGGAAGCCGAAGAAAAAAAAAAUAUGUAUCAGAUGAGGAUGACGUCGAUAAUAAUUAAAGAUUAUAAUGUACAGUAAAAUUUAGCUCUAAUUAAUACCAAUAUGUACCUUGAAAUGAACUAUAGAUAUAUAUUAUUUUAUUUUUUUAUUGAAAUAUAAAUUACUAUCUUUCAAAUACUUAUAUAUACAAAAAUUGAAUUGGAUAUCGAUAGAUCAUAGUUCGCUAGUCAUUGUUCUAUCAAUGAGAGAAUAAGAGAAUUACUAAGAGAGAAUAAGAAAGUUGUGGCAGAACAAUUUAUUUUGCAUUGUAAAUAAAUAAAUUAAGUAAAUAAAUAAAUAUUGGAUAAUUCAAAGAUGAUGAAAUUUACUUUUUACGAGGAAUUAAUAAAUAAUAUCUCAAGACUAUAUAUUAAAAAAAAUUUAUUGUUAUGUACAUUAUUUAAUUCUGCCAAAGUCGCAAAAUUUUAUCCUUUCCACCAGAAGCAACACGUAACCCGUCCGGAGACCAAUCCACUGCAUAAAUUUCAUCUGCAUGACCUGGUAAGUCCUGACAAAGUUUUUUCGUUUUUAAACUCCAUAGUUUUAAAGUAGAAUCUGCGCUACUACUGACAAGUAAACGGGAAUCUGCACUCCAUGAGAUUGAGUACACAGCUUGCACAUGACCUCGUAAUGAAGUUACAUACUUUCCUGUACUUGACUCCCAUAAUUUUAUAGACUUGUCAAACGAAGCAGAUGCAAUUACGCGACCAUCUGGUGAGAAUUUCACAUCAUUAAUUAAUUGUUGAUGUCCUGUCAUUCUUGCUGAAAUGAAAAAUUUCUUUUCUUUUUCUGGUCUCCAGAGAAACAAUGUAAAAUCAUCAGAACCAGACACUAGUAUUUCUUCACCUACAGAUUCAUAACGCUUUUUUGCAUAUUCUACACGAUUUUCAAUUGUUUCCUGAUCUUUUCCAAGGUUAAAAGGACCAGUUCUAAGUACAUAAUCUACAUUCAGCGCCAAAGUGUUCACCCAAUGUGCAUGACCUUCUAAAGUCCUGCACAAAAUCCCAUCGUCGGCUCUCCACACUUUGAUAGUCCUAUCUUGUGAAGCAGAAUAAAUAAGACCACGUCCACCCCAUUUAACGCAUGUCACACUUCUUGUAUGGCCAGAGAGAGUACGAACAGUUUGUGACCGUAAUGUAUCCCAUAUCCUUAAGUCAUUGUCUUUUGAAGCACUAACUAAAUACUGACAUUCAGGGUUCUUAUGAUAUGGUUCCCAACAUAAGGAAGUAACCCACAUUUUGUGCCCUAGCAUUGCUUUUCCUGUUUGUUUUCCUGUUUUUGGAUUCCAUAAUAAAAUUGUUCCAUUUUUACAUGCAGAUGCAAGUUUAGUUCCACAUGGGGACCAUGAUAUACAUAAUACCCAAUGUUUAUGACCUUCACAUGUAUAUUGUGGAGUUUGUGUAUAUAUAUCCCAAAAUCUAACUGUUGUAUCUCCAGAACCACUAGCUAAACAUGUCCCAGCUGGUGAGAAGGCAACUGAUAUUACAGCCUCUUUAUAUAAACCUUCCAAUGAUCCAGUACAUCGAGUAACUGCUCUAACUUUAAAAAUUGCUUGUGGUUGAUAUAUAAUUUCAACUACAUCUUCGCUAAUACUGAAAUUUUCUUUAAUAUUUUUUUCCAAACUAUUUGUGAUCUCAGUAUUAUUCACAUAAAAGGCAAAAGGUAUUGGUUCCUCAUUCUGUAGAAGUGCGUUACAAAUUUCUUGUAACUUGUCGACAGUAAUAUUUAUAGGCAAAUCUAACAAACCUCCUGGUAAUAUAUCACCCUUAUCUGAUUUCAAACGUGAUAAAAUCCGUUUAACACUUUUUGAAGAAUUUUCAAUGUUUUGCUUGCUAUCAUUUUCUUCCUCGAGUUUUCGUUUACUCAUGUUUAAUCAAAUAAUUGCAAAAUACUUUCCAAGCGAUUACCAAAAAAUAUGUUUCAGAAUAAUGAGAUAGAAUGUCAAAAAUUUACUUGAAAGUGGUCAAUUAUUUAUAUACAACAAAAUUGUUCGUGCACGUGAUUGUAUCUAAACUAUCAAUGUUUAUAACCUAUGCUCUUUAUAACCUAUAGAUUAAUCAAUCAAAUUUUAAAUAAAUUAAAAAAAGAAAUUUUAAUUUUAUAUUUUAAUAAAUUCAAUUUUUUAACUUUUUUUAUAAGUUAUUUAAAUCAAUAAAUUUUUUUUUCAAAUGCAUAUAUUUUUUCAAAAUAUAAUAGCGCUUUAUUAACUACGCGACAAAAUUAUUAAAGUAAAAUAAUCUACAUCUAAAAAUUUAUCACAAAACAGUCGACUAGCAAGGCAAGAUCCCGGUUAAUUAACAAGAUAUUAAUGUAACUAUUUCUAUAUUUAUGUGACUUUGUACGUAUUAUAUAAUUUUUCGAUAUUAAGAAGCAUUUCCUUUUGCAAAAAGGCAUAAUUUUUAUAAUAAGAAUGACAAUCAAAUCAAUGAUCUACAAUAGCUUGAAAAUAUAUUCCUAAGGAAUUACUCUUAAUAACAUUAAAGCCGCUUUUUCAAUUACCAUCUAUAAAUGGGGUUUCUUCGUGGAAUUACGAAAAAAAAGAAAAAAGAAAUAGGUAAAAUUAUGCUUCUUACUUAACUACUAUUCAUGGGUAUAAAAACACGUUGACAACAUGACAACUAAGAUGAUAAGAUGGCGAACUAGUUUGUAUUGAUGGUUACUUAAAGAUUAUUUUUAAACUGAGUGUAGGAAAGUUCUUUUUAAUUUAAUUUAAUAAGCUGACAAUUCGUUCAUGUCCCUUUGAUUUUCUCAUCAACGUGCCAUGAACCCAUUUGAUCCAAAAAUCGAAUCUAGCCGAAAGAUCUUUGACAAAGAUCGCAAUUGUACAGCUAUUGACACGACUACCGGAGAAUUGUGCGGCGAAACUGAAACCUUGAAGAUUAUCGACGAGUUUCAGAAAUUAUAUGAAGCUCGCAUUGAAAAUGUCGACCGAGAGUUCGAAAGUGAAUUUGAUCAAGUUUCUAUGAAGCUAGAAAUAUCAAGGGAAUGGAUCAAAAAUUUAAAAGAACAAAAUGUUAUGCUGGUGCAAGUAGUAGAGGAUUUAGAGCAAGCUGCUUGCAAUAGAGUUAAAUUAUUGGAGGAAAGAUUAAAACAGUCAUCAGUACUAGUCUCUGGAAAUAUAUCAAAAUCAAUGAAUACAGAAAAGACUAUACAUAUACUUUCAAAUCGUGUAAGUGACUUGGAAAAAGAUGAAAAACAUAUGCAACGAAAAAUAGAAUUUCUCCAAAGUGAUAUCAGAGGAUUAUUAGAAUUAAUACGGCGUGCAGUAGAAGAAAAUCAUUGGAAUUUGGACGAUAUAAAAUUCUUUGAGAUUCAACCUAGCGAUAUACCUGUGCCCACUACUAAACAUCAAAAAGAAUUAGAAGAUAAAUUAAUUGAUCUUAAUGCAAAAUUACAAACCAAAGAAGAUACUGUUAAAGCAUGUGUUUCUCAGUUCCAAAUUCUUAGUGAUAAUCUUAGAAAACGCGUAAAGUUUACUGAUCAAGUUGCAUGCAGUUCAUUUAUAACAAACGAUCAAGAAACUAUUGAUAUUAUGUUAGUGGCUGAUGUUGUGGAAAAUUUAUUCAUUGAAAAAGAUCUAGAAACAAAAACUUUGCAGGAACGGUUGCGUGACGCGGAAUCUAAUUUAGCAAUAGUAGCUCGCAAUAGCGAUAUAAAUUUGAAUAAUUUAAAAAUUCAAUUGAGUAAAAAAUACAAGAGAAUUCAAGAAAUAGAGCAGCAGAUGAUAAAUCAUCAAAAAGUUUGUGCUAUUUGCUCGAAUGAAUCAAUAGAGAAGCAAAAUUUCCUAACAGCAGAAAUGACGGAAAAGAAUGAAAUAGUAACGUCCUUGCAGAAACAAGUAACUACGUUGCAAGAGCAAUGUCAUUCUGCAAAUAUGCAAAUUCAUUUCAAAGAAAGCAUUAUUAAAGAAAUGCGAAGAGAAUUAAAACAAGCAAUAGCUAAGUUUCUAUAUUCUAACGUUUUUCCUUAUACUUACAAUCAUUAUGAUAAAAUUACUAUUGACAAUCAAGACAUGGAACUUUUUUGUAAAUUAUGUGAGAAAAUUAUGAUACCAAAAGUGAUGUAUACAUCUGCAAAGUAUAAUAAUAAUUCAUUUUUGCAAACAUACAUUGAAAAUAUAUUAAAUCAUAAUAAACUAACAAAAGAUAAUCAAAUCUUAUCAUAUUUGAAUAAAGUAAAAUCAUUGAUGGAACAGGAAAAAGAACAUCUUUCUAAGCUAAAAAUAGAAUUGGAGAAAACUGUAGAAAAUUUGUGCUGUGAGGAAGAUAAAAAGCACGAAACGAAUGAAUGUAAUGUGGACAACAUAAAACAUAAAUUAACUGAGAAUAUUGAAUAUGUGAAUAAAAUAUAUUUAAGAAAGCAGGAAUCAAUUGAAAUGAUAAAUUCUUUACCAGACACAGACAUCAAUCAAUGGAAAUUAAUAGAUGUAUUCAGAGCAUGUACUGUUGAAGCACAACUUACUAUGGAAGAUAUGAAAGAAGAAAUAAAUAUAAUUGUUUCUUCAUUUAAAUGUAGACAUCAAAAGGAAGAAGAAAGAAUAAGACAUAAUGAUAGAAUUAUGUCAGGAAAGAAUAGAUUAAAAGAUAUAAAAAAUGAAAUAAAUCUUAUGCAAUUAUCAUCAAUUCAUGAAAAUAUAUCCAAUUAUGGAGAAAAUGUAUCUAAUUAUGAACUAUUAUGUUCAGCAAUUGAGGAAAUAGAACAAACGUCGUCUAGCCUGCAAAUAUUUCAAGCUCAAGGAUGUUGCGUAGUAAAAGAUCUUGAAAAAUUGAAGAACCAACUUUGUGAAGUAGAUUCAUUCACCAGAAAAUUACAAGAGAAUAUAGAUAAAGCAGUUUUGACAGAACAUGACAUAGUAGAAACAACACUUUCUCAAAAAGAACAAAAAUUACAAAAGUUGGAAGAAGAAGUUGAUGUAAUUCACUCGAAAGUACAGAACGUAUUGGAAACAUUUUUUUCUCCAAAAGAACUUGCAAAGUGCAAUGAGGAAGCAAACAAUUUUUUAAGAAAUAACAUUCAAUCAAUAGAAGAGGAACUGCAUAUAACACAAGCAAAAGCAGAUAAUUAUAGACGAUCUCAUUCUGUAGAAAAUAUGACGUUAAAGAGAAAAAUUAUAGAAUUAGAAAAUACUAUUUGUGAAGAUUCAUCUAAUAGUUGUUCUUCUGCAAAAUCAUUAAUGAAUUUAUUAGAAAAAUUACAAAUGUAUGAAAAUGAAUUAGAUAAUUGUUUUCAAGAAAUUGAAGAACUUAAAAAUACAUUAUAUUCUAAAGACAAACUAAAUGAACUUCAAGUUCAAACUAUUGGUCAUUUACAAAAUGCUGUAGUAGAAGCAAAAAAAUGUAUAGAUCAAAUGGGACAUAAAACAGUGAGUGAUAUAAGUGAACAGUGGUCUACAAUUUCGCCUGCAGUAUACAGUCAAAGAAAUGCAGCCAAACAAGACAAAUUGCUAGAACUACAACGAGAUGCAAUUCACAGUCUUCAGCAAAAAAUUAGUAAUAUAGAAUAUAAUAAUAGCGUAGCUAUUAUUGUCAUCCAUACCAUGUAUUAUUCAAUUUUAAAAGCAAUACAGGGAGGAAAUAUUGAAGAUUAAGCACAAAACAAAAAUUGGUGAAGAUAAAGGAUGUCAAUGUAAAAUAGAAGUUAAAGAUAAAAAUUGUAUUAUUCAAGAUACAUUUGAUUGGAAUGACUUAACAUAUAACAAUAAGGAACAACGUAAAAAUUUAUCACACGAACAUGAUUUACAUUCAGAAAUUGAAAUUUUAAUUAGAGAAAACGAAGAUAUGAAAAGGCAGUUACAAAAAUAUAAAUUGGAUUUUGAUAUAAUUGACAAAGAAUUGAAAACAGAAAAAGAAAAUGGUACUUACGCUCAACAAGUGUCAUUUGAAUUACAGAAAUUAAGAGAUACAGAGUGUUGUUUACAAUAUGAAAAUGAACAACUUAAAUCCGAUUUAAAAAAGCAGACACGAAAAGUAGAAGAUUUAAUAGAAAAGUUACAGUCCCAAGAGAACAAUACAAAAUUUGAGAAAUUGUUAAAGAAAUUAGAGGAAAAACAGAUACAGAUUAAUGAUUUAUGCAGUCAAAUUACGAAUAAUGAAGUUGUUAUAAAAAAACAAACAGAAAUUAUUGAAGAAUUUGAAAAGAAAUUAGACAUGAAAAAUCAACAAAUCAAAGAAUAUUUAUCUGAAUUAAAUGAAGCAGAAGAAGAAAUGUCAACUUUACAUGAAAGGAUACAAUCUCUGAAAACAAUGUUAAAGGAAAAAUCAGAUGAUAUGGCUAAAUUACAAGCAGAUUACGAACUGAUAAAAUUGAAAGAUCUUCAAAUGCAAUUGUGUUUUACUGAAGAUAAUUAUUGUAGAGUUACUGAUGAUUUUAAUAAAACACAAGAACAAUUAAUCAAAAUUACAAAACGAGAAGCUGAUUUACAAGAAUGUUUAACAAAUAUGGAAAGAGAUUAUUGUUCAAAACUAUCAAGUAUGGAGAAAGAAAAAACUAUACUUGGAGACUGCUUAGAUAAAUUAAGAAAUGAAUUAGAAGAAAUGCAAAGAAGUUAUUUAUCAAAAAAUGAUGAACAUUGCAAACUACAAGAUAUUUGCAAAUCUUAUGUGGAACAAUUAGAUAUUUUACAACAAAAGCUCGAGGAAGAAAAAGAGAAAGUUAAAGAAAUAGAAGAAUCAAAUCACUGUAUGGUACUGCAAUUACAAGAAUGCAAAGAACGAAAUUGUAGUCUUGUUAAAGAAAAAUCAAUAAUAGAACAGAAUAAUUGUGAAAUUAUUUCAGAGUUACAAAAGACACAUAAAUCUUUGUUAGAAUUAAAAAGAGAAUGUCAGUUAAAAAAUAAAUCAUUAGCUUGCAUAUCAGCGGAAUUAACAGAAACAGCAAUGAGUCGAUCAGAACUUUGUAAUCAGUCGCAAUAUGUUGUUUCUUGUAUACGAAUUUGGAUGGAAGAACAACGAGAAUAUGUAAACAAACUUAGUGCAAAAUUGAAAUCCCAACAACAGGAAUUAGCACAACUUGAAUUUGACAAAAGAGUAUUAAUAGAUGAAGCAAAGAGAUUAAGACACAUGAAUCAUGCACUAAUGCAGAGAUUAAAAAGGAUGCAUAGAUUUGGUAGCAAGAAUAUUAGAAAUGUUUGUGUAGGAUGUCAAUUACCAAAAAAUAUUGAUAUACGUCUUCCUACAAGCUCUAAAUAUUUAUCAUCGCAGAAGAAACUAAAUCUUACAAGGACAGCACGUCGCAUUUCAGUGUGUAGUAACGGUUCAUGCUUUCCCCGAAUGAAAUAUUUAAUAAACGGGUUGCGGAAAAGUAAUGUAGAUUGUGAUGAAAAUUCUUUUAACAGGAUGAACACAAAUGUAGGAUCAGAAGAAAAUCAUGAUUAUGGUUAUCAAUCAUCCACUAGUAAAUAAACAUAUAUAAAAUAUUCGACGACUACUAAGGAUGAACUAAUCAUAUUUUUUAACGAUCAUAUAAACAAAAUAUUAUUUCGUCGGACUUUUUUAUAUUAUUUUUUACGUAAUAGAAUUUCUUCGUUUUUAUAGAAGUGGGUCGAAUUUAAAAAUGUAAACGUGCAUUGAGUAAAUAAUUUACUUGUCAGUAUGUUUUCUUUAGUAGUCUUUUAUAAUUGAAUUUCUUGAAGUUGUAAUUUUAGAGUAAAAUGAUAAUUUGUAUGACAAAGAAUAUGCAGUAAAACAAGAUUUUUUAUGUAUACUUUAUAAAAUAAUUCAAAUAAAAGCUUGCAUUCUUUUACGGUAAAUAUUUCUAAUCUUUUUGGAGGGUGCUGAAAAUUAUAUUACAGACUUUAUUAAAUUUUAUCUAUUUCUAAAAAUCUACUCUAUUUUACAGUUAAAAUAAGAGAUGUACAAACCAAAACAAUAUGUAAUAACAUAGUUUUAUAAAAAAAUUGAUAAACUUCUCGAGUUGUACACCAUGGAUAUGAAAGAAAAAAUAAAUGUGUUAAAUACACGACUCCCAAACAUGCAGAAAUAGCUUUUCCACUGAAUAAGUUUAACCUAAAAUAUAAUUCAUAAAUAUUUAUUUUAAUAUGGAUCAACUUUUUAAAUUUGUGUUAGAUACGAAUCACAAAUUUUAAGGAUGAAAUAUUCUUUAUAAAUUCAGUACACUCAAAUACCUAGCAAACUUGAAAAAAUCCCAUAACACAUUUGUAAGAAUAGUAUUAUUUUUUCCUGCAGUAGCAUUUAACAAUUUAUUUCCUGCAAAAGAAACAUUAUUUUGUUUUAUAUAAAUAAGUGAUAUUUAUGAAACUAACAUUUAUGUUUAUUUACCAAAAAAAGAACAUAUUAGGUUCUUGUUCUCUUGAUACUUUUUAAGAUAAAUUACAUCCUCUUCUGUAAAAUAUUUCCAAAUACACAAACUUGGCUGAGGUGAAUGAACGUAUGUAUUUUGAAGAGGAUUUUCUGAGUAAACCCAUGGUCCGCAUAAAUUGUCAUAAUCUACAUUUGAUUCGAUUUGAAUUUCUGAUUGAAUUUUUCGUAAAGUUUCUUGAAUUUUUAGUAUUGUACGUUCUGACAAAGUUGAACCUUUAACGUUUAUAAUUAAUUUCGACUGGUCUUUCGUUACGAAUUGAUUUGACAUUAUUAAAUAUUAUUUUUCAUUAAAGAAAGAACAAGCUAUAUAUAUUUAAAAAUUACGUACAUAUAGUGUUUAAAUUGAUAGAGAAAAUCGGAAUUAGUAAAUUGAAUAUUAAUUAAUGGUUGUAUUGAUCGUGUUUUUUGUUUCAUUAUAUAUGUAUAUACUAAAUUAAUAUAUUCUAAGCAUAAAAUAUUAUGUACAUAUAUAGAAUGAUACGUGCAAAUGCUAAUAAGUUUAUAAUUUUGUGUAAUAUCUUUUAAUAUCGUUAAAAUAAUUUAUGUAAAUCGAUGCAAAUACCAUUAAGAAUCAUAUACAUUUUCCAUUAAUUUCUACAUUAAUUUAAAUUGUUUUCAUAUUCGCUUAAUUAAUUUAAUAAAGAAUAAUUGUCAAAAUGAUAAUUAUAUUAGAUGAAUUGUUAUAAUUAUAAAAUGUUAAUACACAUACUGGUACAUAUAUAAUGCACUAUUUAAAUCUAGAAACGUAAAAUAAAAUAUUACAUUAUUCACUCUUUUAAUUCUAUAAAGGCAAUUGUAAAAUGCAUAAAUUAUUGUUUAAAAAUAAGAUACAAUAUUUUGAUAAAAAUUUUUAUAUGUAGUUCAUACAAAAUUUACAACAUAUUUCUUUUACAUUUCAAGAGACAAAAUAAAUAAAACUUCAAAUUGUACACUUGAAACGUAUAAAGAACUAACACACCUUUCAAAUACUGCACAAUGAUAAAAAUGAAAAUAUUUAUUUGUGUUGUUCAAAGUUUAAAAAUUUAAUAUUGAUUCUUAUAUAAAUAAUAGAUUUUAUUUUGAUUCUAUCAUUUCAUUUAGAUUCUACUAUGUGAUGUAUUGAUGUUUAUUUAAACGAAUUCUUGAAAAUAUUAUUUGUAUUGCUAUCAAUAGUUCGUUUCAUAAUGGAUUCAAAUUUUACAACAUGGAUUAUUUAUCAAACGAAUUCUUACUUAAAAUAUAAUUUCGAAAUAAAAAUGUAAAAUUAAAUAUAAAAUAUGAAAAAAUAUUUUAUAAUAUAAAAAAUUAAAAGGAACUUUUAAACACUAUAAUGUAAAGCAAUUCCUAAUUUAUUAUUAUUUCAUGUAAAACUCGCUUAUUUGUAUUAAUUUUGGAUAAGAUGAACUUGAAGAAAUCCUCAAUAAUAUUCACAAGUUUAUUUUUUCUUGCGUAAUCAUUUAUAAUUUAUCAUGAAUUAUUGAAUAAAAUUAAUAUACAAUAUAUUUCAGAGCAAGAAUUUGUUAUACAUGUUUACAAACUAAGAAAGUAAAUACAUAGGUAAUCAUAGCAGCAGGAAUGGCGUACUAUCUUACAAGACGUUUCGCGUGCCAAAAUUUCAUCAUACACUGUAUGUUUUAAACGUAUAUUAUCGUUACUAACAUUAAUGUUAUUAUUAUUUAUCAAUGUUACCAUUAAUAUUAUCAUUAUUACUUAUUACCAUUAACAUUACUUAUUACAUAAAUCAUAUUUAUUAUAUAUGAUUUAUAUUAUAAUUAUAUUUAUAUAUUUAUAUGUAUAUAUAAGUAUAUAUAUGUAUGUGUAUAUAUACAUAUAUAUACAUAUAUAUAUAUGCACACACACCUAUAUAUUUAUAUAUUUAUAACGAACACCGCCCAUUACUACUAGAAUUACAAAUGGGAGCUUAAUCUGUCUCUGUCUCUCUCUUUUUCUUCUUUCUUUUUUUGACAGUUCUGAUACUCAAAAUAGAUGAUAUAUCGUCGAAUGCAAUGUGAUACACGCAUUUUU